AUGUAUGAGGCAUUUUGCACUGCCCUAAUCCCAUGCCACAACUCACCUCAAGGCUUUAUACAGGAUGCAUAUACUUUCCAGCCACCACAUUUGAAAUCCAUCAGUUCAAAGGGAAACGCCUAUAAAACGU